AUGAUGAUGAAGAUGAUGGUGGUGCCAAGUUAUGCUAACCGUGGUUCUCUAGGCAGAAUAACAAACAAGUUAACUGUGGAACAUGGUCAUUUCAUCAGGUCUCAACUGGAAUACUCCAUAGUAUAUCCAAAGAGAGUUGGACGGGACAAGCGGGCCUUGGACUCAUCCGAAAAGUUUGUUCACUACUCGGUUGCCUUUGGAGGUCAAGAUUUGACUUUUAACCUCACCGUCAACAACUACUUGCUGGCGAGCAACUAUGUGCUGGAGGGGAGAUCUGGGUGCCAGAACAUGACACUGAAGCAGAAUUCCUAUGGGGAAAAUUCCUGCCACCUCAUUGGGAGGGUGACAAACUCCAGCUUCCAGGGAACUGCUGCUGUCAGCAUCUGUAAGGGACUGAAAGGGUUCUUUAGCCUGCCAGAAGGACAUUAUUUCAUUGAACCUGUGCAGGGGUAUGAAUCUGAGAGCCAGGAAGGGAUCCAACCCCAUGUGGUCUACCGGAAUGCUGAACCUUACCCGAAGCACAGGAUCCGGCGGAGCCUCCAGCAAGAGGAAGGGCCGAGACCAUGUGGAGUGAGAGAUGACCUCCUCAAAACGGAGCGCGAGCGAGAGGUGUGGGAGCGGGAGCACCAGCAUCCAGAGGGGCUGCACAGGGUCAUGCCGCGCUCUGUGAGCCGUGAGCGCUGGGUGGAGACCAUGGUGGUGGCGGACUCCAAGCUCAUUGAUUACCAUGGGAUCACCAACGUGGAGUCCUACAUCUUCACCAUCAUGAACAUGGUGGCUGGGGUCUUCCAUGACGCCAGUAUCGGGAAUGCCAUCCACAUUGUCCUGGUGCGGCUUGUCCUUCUGCAGGAGGAUGAGAAAGGUCUGAAGAUUGUCCAUCAUGCUGACACCACGCUCAACAAUUUCUGCACAUGGCAGAAGAGCGUAAAUCCACAGAGUGACACGCACCCUGCCCACCAUGACGUUGCUGUGCUCAUCACCAGGAAAGACAUCUGCGCAGGAAUGAACCAGCCGUGUGAGACCCUGGGCCUGUCCCACCUGUCUGGCAUGUGCCAACCGCAUCGCAGCUGCAACAUCAAUGAGGACUCGGGCUUGCCUGUUGCCUUCACUGUGGCACACGAGCUGGGGCACAGCUUUGGUAUCCCUCAUGAUGGCCAGGGGAAUGACUGUGAACCACAGAGCCGCCGUCCUUUCAUCAUGUCACGCCAGCUCCAGUACGAUGCCUCGCCUCUCACCUGGUCACCCUGCAGUAGGGAAGCCAUCACCCGCUUUCUAGAUCGUGGUUGGGGUUCUUGUCUGGAUGACCGGCCCUCCAAGAAAGAUCUGACCAUGCCCCUGGAGGCCCCUGGGGUGAGGUACACCAUCAACCAUCAGUGUCAGCUGCAGUACGGCCCCAAUGCCACCUUCUGUCCCGAAGUGGAGAACAUUUGCCAGGUUCUGUGGUGCUCUGUGAAUGACUCCUGUCGUUCCAAACUGGAUUCUCCAGCAGAUGGGACCAGAUGUGGACCUGAUAAGUGGUGCAUCUCAGGGGAAUGUGUCAUUGUGGGGAAACUUCCAGAGACAGUGAAUGGGGGUUGGGGAGAGUGGAGUGCCUGGUCACACUGCUCCCGUACUUGUGGAGCAGGGGUGCACUCCGCCCAGAGGGAAUGCAACCGGCCAAAGCCGGAGUUUGGCGGAAAGUAUUGCAUGGGUGAGAGGAAGCGGUACCGGGUGUGCAACACCAAGCGGUGCAUCCAGGAGCGGCCCACCUUCCGUGAAAUGCAGUGCAGCGAGUUUGACACGGUGCUGUACCACAACAAGCUCUACCAGUGGAUCCCUGUCACUAGUACAGGUAACCCCUGUGAGCUGCACUGCCGCCCGGUGGAUGAGGACUUCUCAGAGAAGAUGCUGGAUGCCGUGACAGAUGGGACGCCCUGCUUCACCAACAGCAGCAGUCGCAGCCUGUGCAUCAACGGUGUCUGUAAGGAGGUGGGGUGUGACUAUGGGAUUGACUCCAACGCUGUGGAGGACCGCUGUGGGGUGUGCCUGGGGGAUGGAUCUGCCUGCCAGACAGUACGAAAGCAUUUUGAGGAGGGAGAGGGUUUUGGCUACGUGGAUGUAGCUCUGAUCCCAGAAGGGGCUCGGGAUAUUGUGGUACAGGAAGUAGAGGAGGCAGGGAACUUCCUAGCACUGCGGGGGCAGGACCCAGAGAAGUACUACCUGAAUGGACGCUUCAUCAUCCAGUGGAAGGGGGAAUAUGAAGCAGGUGGCGCCACGUUCUACUAUGAGAGGAACGGAGACCUGGAGAACCUGACAUCCCCAGGACCCACAAGAGAACCUGUCAUGAUACAGCUUUUGGUCCAAGGGAAGAACCCAGGGAUCAAGUACGAGUACACCAUUCGGAAGAGCCGGAAGCGAGGGAACGAGAUUCUGGAGCCCGAAUACAGGUGGAAACAUGGAGCCUGGACGGAUUGUAGCACCACCUGUGGGGCAGGGGUCCAGAGCCAGCCAGCUCGUUGCUUUGAGGUGGAUGUCGGGGUGGUGGAGGAGUCACUUUGUGACCCCAAAACCCGCCCUGAAGACCGCCAGCGUAGGUGUAAGAAGAUGGAUUGCCCUGCAAGGUGGUGGGUUGGUGGUUGGCAGCCAUGCUCCGCACCCUGUGGCCCAUCUGGGAUGAAAAAACGGACGGUCCUGUGUGUCCGCACGGUGGGAGUCGAGGAACGUGUGUUGCACCCCAGCGACUGCAGGCACCUCCUCAAGCCCAAGCCUGCCGUGCCCUGCAACCGGGAUGUCCCCUGUGGGUCCGAGUGGGCAGUGGGGCCCUGGAGUCAGUGCUCUGUCUCCUGCGGAGGAGGGGUGAAAUCUCGUACAGUCACGUGUCGGACAGCUCCCACACACGAGUGCGAGACUUCCAGCAAGCCCCGCUCUAGGUCCCUGUGUGCCCUCCAAGGCUGCUCAUCUGGCAAGAAAAAGAUCCUGCCCAGCCCCUCCAAUCGCAAUAGGGUCCACAAGGACCCGAAGGGCAGCACAGAGCCAUCCUACCGCACACCCACCCGGGCAGCUGAAUCUAUUGCCACUACAACUGUGAGCAUGUCAGCCAAUGUUGACCCAUCCAUCUCCAACACAGAGGGCAACUUCAGCUUUUUUGUGGUGCAAAACACCAGUAAGGAUGAUGACGGCACCCCCGGCAUAUAUUUAGUCACAGCAGAGAAUGAAAGAAGGACACCCAACUUUCUGUUUCCAUCCAAAAGGACACGUCACAGCUUCAGUCACGAUUUUGUCACAGAGGCCUCCAAUACAUCUGGUGAGCGAGGUCUGUGGGGACUCAGAGGUACCACUGAAGUCCCCCCCAGGUUAUCUACAGUGCCUCAGCACACAGUGAUUCCAGAGGACAAAACUUCCCCUUCUCCCGCAUCCACUUCCACAGGAAACUGGAUGGAAACCACUACCAGGCCAACUAUCUGGAGCACCAUGAAUGAACAUUUCAUUUUGUCCGACACAACAGGAAGCCCAGGAACUACUCAUACAACCUCAGAGGAAUCCAGGGGGUCUGCCAGAAGCCUAUCCCCCUCAGAAUUCCCACCUGGGACCAGUACCAUCACUCCAAGUGGCCCAUCUAGCUCCACUGAUAGCAGUGACGCCAACUUGGAUGCUGUAGCCCCUGUCAGAACGAACAUCUCGUGGGUGGUGGGCAACUGGAGUGAGUGCUCUGCCACCUGUGGCGUUGGAGCCAUGUGGCGGACAGUGACCUGCAGCUCCCUUCGAGAGGCCCACUGUGCUGGCAUCCAUAGGCCUGAGCCCGCUCGCAGGUGCCAUCUGCGCCCAUGUGCAACCUGGCACAGUGGGAGCUGGAGCAAAUGUCCAGAGGGAUGCCUAGGAGGCACAAGGCAGCGUGAUGUGCAUUGCAUUGACACCCAGAGCAAACGGCAGCUGCGGCCCUACCACUGCCAGGCUCUGGCCUACAGACCCCCCAGCUCUGAGCUCUGCUCUCUGCAGCCCUGCCAGGAAUGGCAAGUCUCUCCUUGGGGCAAGUGCUCCAGGAAGUGUGGUGAGGGUGUGAGAGAGCGUCUGGUGUACUGCCUAGAACCUAACCACUGUGACCCAACCUGGAGGCCCAACAGCUCUGAGCCAUGUAAUCGGCACCCAUGCAGCAAGUGGCAAGCUGAGGCUUGGGAAGAGUGCUCUGUGACCUGUGGAAAAGGGGUGCAGUACCGUGUGGUGAAAUGUGUGGAUCAUGAGCUGGGUAUUGUGGAGAAUGGUGAGUGCAAGAAGGGCACUCGGCCUCACAGCAUCCAGAGGUGCAGCUUGCAGGACUGCAGGAAAAAUGUGGCAUCUCGCUGCAACAAGGAUCGCAUGUCCUCUCGUUUUUGUGAGAAGCUGAUGCUCCUGGGCCGCUGCUCACUCAGGUCCAUCCAGAAACAAUGCUGUGUCACGUGUGGGGUAUAACUAAGAUCCUUCGCUCAUUGUUCCUGGUCACCAGGCUUUCAGAUCACCUCACAGAAGCCCCACCUCCUUGGACUUCACAAUCUAAAAAGGCCUAGAGGAUACUGCACUACUCCCACACACAGGCACAGAAACACACAAAGGACAACACAAACACAGUUCCUUACAUGUUAAGCUACUUCUGUCCAUCCACCAACGUGUGAACUGCUGACUCUUCAGAGAACAUGUUCAGUCAAAACCUGACGGCAUACAGAGCAGUACAUUACAUUGCCCAGGAUGCAGAUGUCUUCCUCACUCUUACAGACCUGACCUUGUGUACUGACUAAGCACAAACCAAAUCUGUCUUAACCAGUCUCUGAUAUGUGAUUUGUAGUAACACCUCAGUUCUUUAGGAAAUGGACCUCUGAGAUGACUUACUCCACUGGGAACAACACAGAUACCCAUUCUGGCAAUUCUGAACAUCGUGAUGGUGCUAGCGUUUUUUCCAGUCAUACACUGUUCUAUUCAGUAGCAUCAAUUGGCUGCCACACAGCAGUCUACAUGUACCCUUCCAUCAAACAUUGCACCAGUUAGUGAGCAAACAGUAUAAUUUCCUAAAGACAGUAACAGUAGCAUGGUGGGUCGAUCACUGAAGACAGUUUGGUGCUAUUUUAAUAAUGUUCUAUGUUUACAAUGAAAAGUCUCAGCGCUGUGUUGGAAAUAGGUACAAUCUUAACACCCACUGCUCUAUUAUUGAACUACGUUUAUACAUAUCUGGUGAAAUAUAUGAUUAUUCGGCUCUAGUUUCUUGAAUUACUAUGUGCAUGUACUUGUGCUUCCAGACAGGAUUUUAAACCAAAAAAAGUUAAGGACUUCAUAUUUUGGAAUAUCACAAUGUGGUUUAGUUAUAAGAGGAUAGUUAAAUUGAAAUU